AUGGUGCUGAAACCGUUUUUGAAGAAACGCAGCGGUAUUUCAGGGCGACUUAUGGAAAAAAUACAUUAUCCAAUAAGCAUAAAUACUGCAGAACAACGGUCAACUUCAUCAAAUAUUUCAAACGAUAAUGCGAGUAGCAAUGAAGCUCAAGAUUCAAAUCGACCUUACACAGCUGGCACAGCCGACAGCGGUUGUCCGGAAGACGCUUGUUCAGUGGUGCUUAGUCCAAAUAGUAACAGAAAAGAUGACGGCGUUGAAUCAGUGAUUAUAGAUGUUACUGAUUGCAGUAACAGGAAUUCAGCAAUUUCAUCAGAAGUUCGAGGCAACAGCGGUACGCCAUCAGUAAUUCAUGAUUUGAGCAGUUUUUCAACGAACGAAACUAACAAUGCAUCUGCAACAUCGGAUAAUUUUAAUGAUGACUACAAUGUACAAAAAAUAUCUACCAAUACAGCAGUAGGAAGUUCGGUUAGAGAGUGUCUUGAACCUCAAGUGCACGAGGUAAUUUCUCCAGGAACUUCCGAGAAUUCUCAGGACACUGAUGGUACAAGAUCGCGCCACUGGCGACAAGUUAUCCGAGAGUUUGCAUCAGAAGCAAAACAGAAGGCGGAGUUACUUCCUUUGGAAUCGAUCUCUGCAAAUGAAGGAUCUUUAUCAACUGUAAGCUCAAAUAGAUCGGAACAGAUUUCACAAGAAAUUCCACAUUUCAUGGAUUGGCACAGGACAUCCGAAAAAAAAGCACAACGGAAAUCACAUACCGCACAAAAAAUAUUGCCGACCAUUUUUAAUGAGAAAACACAAGAUGGUAUUUAUGCUCAUGUAAAGAAAGUUGGAAAUAAUGUAGAAAAAAUAAACACUGUAUUAUUAGAAACAUCUUUGGAAAAUCAGCCUUCGGGACAUAUUCCUGGAAGAAAGAAAAUGCAGCAAAAUGAAGCUGUCGAAAGUAGCGUGACGGAACGGAAUCUUGCAAAGCAGUUGAGAGAUCUCAUUGCUCAUGUAGACCUUGCAAAAGAAUAUCGCCACCAUGAAUAUAAAAGAUUAGAAGAAAUUUUCGAUCAAGCAUUAGAAGAAAAAGAAUAUUUUCGUCAACAAGUGAAUGAAUUGAAAAAAUAUAUUGCGCAGUUGGAGGAAGAUAAGCAGGCACGGCACGAAAAUCUUGCUGUAAGAAAAGAGACAGAAAAAAUAUGUAAUGCUGAUAUUGAACGUCUGAGACGAGAAAAUGUUGUUUUGAAUCGAAAGCAAAAGCAAAACGAUGGCAGUGAUACUGCUUUAGUAAAUACGCUUAAGGAACAGAUAAGUGACCUUCGUAUAAUGGUGAGGGAUUUUGAUCGGCAACGCAGUGAGUUAAAGAUGCAAAUCAGAAAAAGCAAUACAGCUUUAAAAGAAAAGAAUGAGAUUAUUGAGCAGUUGAAAGGUGAAAAAACACGCUUGGAAAAACGAAUUGCAAUCAUUACGAAAAAUAAAGCGGCUCUUCGAGGUCGUGUAGCUGAAAAUUUUCUUUCUGCUCAAGCAGUUGCUCGAGCUUCAAAGAAUGCAACUGUUACGACAUCCACAAAAGACUUAACUCCUCAGAAUAACGAAUUUUGUAUAAUGAAUGCAGUAGAUAGAGGGCGACAUAUCAAUCAGAUUAAUAACGCCCCAAAUGUGCAGAAUACUGUAGAUAUUGUCGAAAAUACGGACACACUAAGCGAUAAUGAAGAUGUCGUAGUUAUUGAAAAAGAAAUAACACCGGCACGUCUCGGAAAGAAUGUCCGAUGGAAUGAACCUCUUACAACAAUGACUUCUAUUUCUCCAUCACUUUCAGCGCGCUCUCCUCUCGAUUAUGCGUAUCCUGACAUGAAGUUAAUUCUAACUGAAAAUAAUAUGGUUGGAAGAGCAUCAUUGUAUCGCAGUGAGAAAGAUUUUACCGUCUAUACUCUAACUCAUUGUGGUUGUCAUUUUUAUGAAUAUAGCAACACAGAUACUCGUUGGAUACAUUCAAGCAAGCUUUAUCAGGUAAAUUAUUACGGACAAGCAGGUGCAACCACUGUUGAAAUGUGUGAAGGGAAAUUGCUUGUUCGACACUUUUUAACUGGUCAGUUGGAAAUUUAUCGCGGAGGUGGUGAAACCACUUUAAUGACACCCGAUGGACGACGUAUAGAGGUUAUCAGAGAUAAAUCAGGAUCAGUGCGAGUUGAAAUUUAUGAACUAGAUGGAAGAGUUCGCAUUAGAGGACGUGAUGAAGCAGAAACAGAACAUCGAGCAACGCAAACUUCAUGCCACCGCAUGGAUGGUUCCUACGCUAGUCAUAUUACUAGUGAUGAUUCGAUGGAAUGGCGUUCACCCGAUUAUACGGUGCAUCGAUUUAAAAAUGGUGAUACAAAAGUGCGUCUAAAUUUAACUGAUACGAGCAUUACGAUGCUCGUCAUGGAUGUUGGUACAGUGAAGCAUUUAUCAAAUUCUUUGGAUCGACGACUGCCGAAAUAUUGUGUCGAGUGGGGUACUGUUGCUAGAAAAAGAUCCCGAGUUAUUGCUGCCACCCGUUCUCGUGUACUUAACCAGUUGUAA